UUGAAAAAAAAGCGGUGCGUUUCGUUCGCUGCCAGCCGUAAAAUCAGCAUUUAUGGACAGAUCUUUUGCCUUAAUUGUUCCUAUUCAAUUUGCUCAAAUUGCCAGGCUGUGAGGACUGAUCAACUCCGAUGUGAUUCCCGUACUGGUCAGCUGAUCGGUCAGGAAGCAUCUUGAAGCAGACAGUUUCUGGGACGAUAGCAGACGUCUGAUGAGGGUUGAUCAUGAUCACAUAGCCAUCCCGGUUAACACUUGGUGUACAGAGACGUUGCUGAAGACAGAUGGAUUGGAAAGAAAGGUAUCAUUUCUUAAUACAUCAGAUAGUAACAGUGAAGUUAAUGAAACAUUGAAGACGGGAACACACCAGUCUCUUUUGAAGAGAGAUGGAUUGGAAGGAAAGGUAUCAUUUCUUAAUACAUCAGAUAGUAACAGUGAAGUUAAUGAAACAUUGAAGACGGGAACACACCAGUCUCUCUUGAAUCUAUCCUCGUUUAGAGAGAGUGGUGUAAAAUCAGGUCUUCGAACACAAGGUAGUUCACCAUUCUGCAGUAGUUCCCAAGAGACAGAACAGUCUACCACUCUGGUAUAUGUGAAACCUGUUGGACAUGCACAUGUGUCAGAGACUGGUAGCAGAACCCUUCUUCAUUCAACCUCUAAUGAGUAUACCAGUGAGCCACCAUUCCAGAAGGAUGGUUUUCACCAGUCUCCCAUCAACCCAUCUAGACAUCCACCUGUGUUAUGGAGUGGGAAAAUAUUCAACAUGGAAUCAAAGCUGGUCUGCAUGUAUCUAUCACCCUCAAAGAAAACUAAAAUCACCACUCCGUACGAUAGACUGAAAGCGAUGAUAGAAGGAUGGAUCAAAGAAAGAAGGAUAGAUUGGAAAGAGGAGAUGAGAGAUGAGAUUCCUAGGAAUUGGGAGAGACAUGGAGAUUUAGUGUUGUUACCAACGUCAUCCUUCAGAGAUCAAGCAUGGGAUAAUGUGAGAGACUUCUGGUCGUUGGUAGCCAAGUCUUUUAACUGUACAAGAAUUGCCAAGAGAGGGCGCAUUCAAUCCGAUGAUUUCAGAUCUCCGCACACAGAGAUGGUUUUAGGAUCAGACCCAUUGGUUGAACACAGAGAUAAUGGUAUAAUCUAUUCCUUUGACGUGCGUUAUAGCAUGUUUUCUUCUGGUAACAUCACUGAAAAGCUCAGAGUGGCUCAAAUGGAUUGCUCCAAUGAGACAGUUGUUGAUUUAUAUGCAGGUAUAGGCUACUUCACACUGCCAUACUUGGUACAUGCCAAAGCCAAACUACUCUUUGCAUGUGAAUGGAAUCCUCAUGCUGUAAAUGCAUUGCAAAAAAACCUGGAGCUGAACAGUGUGAAUGAGAGAUGUAUAGUGCUAGAGGGAGACAAUAGGAAGGUAUGUCCAGUAGGUGUCGCUAACAGAGUGAACCUUGGGCUUAUACCAUCCUCAGAGAAGGGGUGGCCAGUGGCCUGUGCUGCAUUGAACCCUAUGACUGGAGGUGUACUGCACAUCCAUGGCAAUGUGGAUUCCUACCCCCACCAGGAAUGGAAUAAUCCAAGCAGUAGGAAGGAUGAUAGCUAUCAGUCAAAGGGAUGCUUUCUGGAUGAUUCAGAAGUCACAUCUGAUCAUUGUCAGCUUGUAGCACCAAAGAGGACUCAUGACACUGUGCUUCCUGAGGACAACGCAUGUCAAGAGUGGGAGAUUGGUAACACUUCACAGAGUGAAAUAGUUGAGAAUGGUAACACUUUUCAGAAUGAAUCAGGUACUAAGUUAUCAGAGAGUGGUUACACUUCUCAGAGUUUAUCAGGUAAUAAGGUAUCAGAGAGUGGUAACACUUCUCAGAGUUUAUCAGGUAAUAAGGUAUCAGAGAGUGGUAGCACAUCUCGGAGUUUAUCGGGUAAUAAGGUAUCAGAGAAUGGCAACACAUCUCAGAAUGAAUCAGGAAGUAUAAAUCUAGAGACCGGUAACAUUUCUCAUAGCAAAUCCAAUGGAUUACAUCCCACAUGUUUAUUCAACCAGAAAGUAUCAUCUAGUUGUUCCCAUUACAAGCAAGCUAAAUGGAUUGAAUGGGGUAGUGAUGUAGCUAGGCAGAUUAAAGGUCAUCUCUGUGAUCUACAUGGUAGUCACUGGAAUGUGGAGAUGUUGCACAUUGAGCAGGUAAAGUCCUAUGCACCUCAUAUUGAUCACUUGGUUUUGGAUAUUGAAUGUCGGCCGGUCUUAUGACAAUUACCCUAGUAGCCUAUAUUAUUUUGAAGCCAAAAGAAUCAAAUCCCAGAACAACAUUACAUUUUAUUAUAUUUACCUCUAAUAAAAACCUGGAGAAGUUUGGUCGGUUGGUUACUUUCACCUUCAACAAACUGUUUAGGCCUUUGACCCGGAUUGCCAAUAGAGGGCUCAUUUGUAUUCACAUACCACGUCAACAUUGAUGAUUACUAUGUUUAUUGUAUUUCUGGAAAUGAAGUAAAAUGAAGUAAAAGGGAACUCAUCAAAGUAAAACGCUUGAAAGAAUGUCAUUGCAAAAAUAGGAUAGAGAAAAUGUCUAUAAACAAUAAUCUUUGUACAAAUUAAGAUAAAUGUUCUAUCUGAAUAAGAUUGAUGGUCUGGGUAAACUUGAGAAAAAAAUGUUUAUUGCUCUCCUUCUUAAGCUUCUAGAAUUAACCCUUUUUUCUUUCCUUUCAUGAAUGAUUAUCUUUGAAAAGUCAUCACUGACAUAGAUCUUGCUUUGAUUAAAUGGUUCAGACACGCUUUUCAUACCCAUUCCUUGGUAGGGUACGAAAAGAAGGCUGCAUGAAUUAUGCUAUAUUGAACCGCGUGAUGCAGGUGAGACGGCCAGAGGCAUUCCACUUGUUUUUCUUUCCUUUGCUGAAUGAUUCUCUUUGAAAAGUCAUCACUGACAUAGAUCUUGCUUUGUUUGAAUGGUUCAGACACCCUUUUCAUACCCAUUCCUUGGUAGGGCACGAAAAGAAGGCUGCAUGAAUUAUGAUUGAAGGUGACUUCGUCUGAUUCUGACUAACACUAAGAGGAGAGCUAGGGGUUGGAUGAUGUCUCUCAAUCUUGAAAUCUUGCUUGUCUAGGCCAACAAUCCCUGUCUUCUACUACUUCAUGACAAGUCUCCCUUUCCUGAUUCUUGGAUUCUGGGAGUCCAUGGUUCCACCUGCUACUGAAUAGAAAAGAGUUUGGGAAUGAAAAGAAAAAAGAUAAAAUAGAAGCAAAGGUAUAAGAGGAAGGAAAACAAGUGUUCUUCAAAAGAAAUAACACUUGCAUGUACCAAGUACUUGCUGAACUCAAAGAAUAGAAAUGCAAAUAAUCUUUCUGUAUCCCAUAGUUGCAUGCAGUGUUCUUGGUCUAAUAUGCAGGAAUAGAUUUUGGAUUAUUGACAUGUCAGUUUGUCCAAUUCUGUUGUGGCAUUACUUUCCUUUCCACAACUAUAGCAAGGAUCAUCCCUUACAAUGGUGUUUUGGUCAGCUUAGUUGGUUCCUGUGGGUCCUGUAAUAGAAAAAAUGGGGGAAAUGAGAAUUCUGCAAGCAAAAUAACACAUACAAAGUACUUGCUCAACCAACAUAAAGAAAUGCAAACCCUACUCGCAGCGCAAGUAUAGAAAAUGUCGCAGAACACCAUUCUUACCGAUGACUUGCUUGGCAUGUAAGUUCGUUUCUCUAGCUACCAAAGAAAACUCAUCUGGAAAGAAUUUCAGGAACAUGUCCACCUGCUUGGUGUUUUCAUUUACGCCAAAAAAGAAGCUUGGUCAAACCACCAUUGGUAUUGUACAUGUAGUCAUCCAGCCAUUCAGCAUUCCACUCAUUUCCUUCACCGAGUUGUACCCAUUCCCGAGGCUCCUCAUCGACCGAAGCCAUGGACACAUCAUCGUCCUCGACUUCGCUGUCCGUGUCGGCUCCUGGUACAUGAUGUGUGUCAUCUUUUUCCAUCCCUUCUACAGCACACGAAUGUCUACGAGUGGGACCGUUCUCAGAUUCACCCUCGGGCUCAGAAUCACUGCCUGGAAUCGGAGUCAGCCACUGGAAGUGAAGCCGUAAUCAAAUCUCGAACUUCAUCGGGAGAGAAAAAUCGCUGUCUCCUUCGACCAGAGGCCAUCUCAAAACUUGUUGAAACAGUCCGAAAAAUGUCACUUUUCUCAAAAAAGUUGAACAAUAUGUAAUCAACUAAUGUAAGGGGGCGUGCAAGUGUUUAGAACGCGAUGCGAAUUUUGGAGAAUAACAGGACUAUAUUAUAGUCCUGUCAUUCUCCCUUCCUGAAGACAUUAAUAAUCAAUUAAGUACUUGUCUUCUCUCUGCUGUUCAUAUUUCUUCUACUAAUUAUCAUUUACUCAAGGAAUAGCUACAAAGUAAUCAGGGGGUUCAACUAUUCUCCAAUAUCUUGUUUGACAACAGAUGGUUCUGUCCUUUCGGGUGGUACAACCUGUGUCACUGGUUAAUCACUCUCAUGGUCAACAUCGAGUUCACAGCCACAAUAAUUCACAAGAUCUUUUCGAUUUCGGCAGUAACAUUGACCAUUUCUGCUUUGUGCUAUGUAUGAUCUAGGCUGUGAACUCAACACUUGGUUUCCACUUGUCAUUUUCACAUCAUUAUGGUUUCCUUGGAAACAAGAGGUGGCAACGCCUUAGUACUACAAUCAUAACACUGUUUUUGCUUUGUUUGCUUUUGAUGCAGCAUUUUUAAACCGAUUGAACAGUUUUUGGCUUCAGAAGCUUUGAGUUGGAAAGCGUGUUUGGGGGCAACUGCCGAAGAAAAGCUGCGCUUGAGAAGGCAAAUUUUUGCAAGAAGUAUUGCGAUAAUCAAGUAUGGCAAGGUUAAUAUUUAUGCCAUCAAUUCUAGCUUUCUUGAUUACAUUCUUCAUUAUUGCGAUAAUCAAGUAUGGCAAGGUUAAUAUUUAAGCCAUCAAUUCUAGCUUUCUUGAUUACAUUCUUCAUUAUUGCCAUAAUCAAGUAUGGCAAGGUUAACAUUUAUGCCAUCAAUUCUAGCUUUCUUGAUUACAUUCUUCAUUAUUGCGAUAAUCAAGUAUGGCAAGGUUAAUAUUUAUGCCAUCAAAUCUAGCUCUCUUGAUUACAUUCUUCAUUAUUGCGAUAAUCAAGUAUGGCAAGGUUAAUAUUUAUGCCAUCAAUUCUAGCUUUCUUGAUUACAUUAUUUGCACUGCUUUCUCUGUUUGGCGAGGAUGUCUUUUCACGUAUUUGAUUUUUGCACAUGAAAUGAUGAAAUUCAUAUGAGGUGUACUGAGGUCUGCUGUCAGACACCACCUCAUUCGGUAUUCCAUAUCGCCAAAAUUUACUCUUUGCAAUCCGCUGUUAUGGUAGACAACGUUAUAAUUGACAAUUUUUUAACCUCUAAUAAAAUUAGAGUAGUAGUCUACCAGGAUGAUGUAGUUCUCAUUCCCUAACUCAAACAAAUCUAUGCCCACAGUUUGCCAGGGCCUGAUUGGUUCUUUCUGAUUUUGCUUUCUGAACGCACUGCAUGUCGGGCAGCAAGACACUACAUCUUCUAUUUGUUUAAACAUUCCGGGCCAAAACAUUAUGUUGUUUCGCUAACCGUUUUGACUCUUCUAUGCCUUGAUGACUCUCAUGGAGUUUCGAGAGCAUCAUUGAUCUUGGUGAUUUCGGAAUCACAACUUUCUCUGCUUUGAAAAUCAAACCAUCUUCUAUUGUAAUAAGGAAAUCAUGAUAGUCCCAGUAUGGCAUGAUUUUUGAUGGAACUUUUGACUCUGUGUCUGGCCAACCUACGUGAAUAACUUCUUCUAGACUAGUCAAAACUUCAUCAUUCUGUGUUUUCUGCGAUACGCAUUUGUGACAUCGGCAGGCAUGUCACCAUACUGAUUGGAAUUCUCAUCGUUAAUUCAAUCAUUGCUUCUGGCAAAUGACUAAGCGUAUCCGCAAUUACAAGAUCCUUACCGCGCUUGUACUUUACAUCCAUUUGAUAUUUCUGAAGUCUUAAUAGCAUUCAAUGUAGUCGUGGUGGCGUUUCUGCCAGCGCCUUUUUCACUAUCAAUUCCAAAGGCUUGUGAUCUGUUUCUGCAGUAAAUUGUCUGCCGAAUAGGUACUGAUGGUACUUUUCGCAUCCAAACAUUAGUGCGUACAAUUCUUUGUCAACUUGAGCAUAUCGGCGCUGUGUUGGUGUAAAUGACCUUGACGCAUUAUGCAAUUGGCAUGCCAUUAUUACAUGACAUAUGUAUGUUACUCUUUUAAAUCUGACCCUGCACUUCUUUGGAUUUAAUUUCAUGCUUCUUUCUUUUAUGCGCUGUAGUACUUUCGCACGGCAAUGGUCGUACUCUGCGUCAUCCUUGCCCCAUAUAAAAAUGUCAUCCAUUAUCACUUUCACCCCUUCUAAUCCUUCUAGAAUCUGGUUCAUUCACCUCUGAAAUAUUUCUGGUGCUGAGUUUAUGCCAAAUGGCAUAUGCGUAUACCAGUAUCUACCAUAAAGCGUAUUGAACGUGCAUAUCUUCGAACUUUCCUCAUCUAAUUUCAGUUGCCAAUACCUGCCGUUUGCAUCAAGCGUAUUGAACACUUUAGCUUUAGGCAUCUUUGCUUCUACUUUCUUACACGGUUUGCAUCGAGUAAUGUUCCCGUCUUAUUGCAUCAUUUAGGUGUUUGGGAUCUAAACAUAUUUGUACCCUUCUUACCUACUACAACCAUACUAUUGACCCAAGGUGUCUUUUCGGUCUAGCCACAAGUAUGGAUCCCAUCUCUUUCUUAUUUUAUUUAGUUCUGUUCUCGUUUGGAAUUUACGUGGGCCAGAUAACUGAAAUU